GACUAAUAGCUUUCACACAUAUCCCAGAAAACAACACAAAAAAACAAUCUCAGGCCAAUCAAUGUCUUUUAUAUGUUCUUCAGAUAGAUACAAUAAGAUCAGAGCAAAAGAAAAAGCCAUCUUCUUCAGUUCCUUGAACUUGAAGUCUAUCUUUAUUCUUCUUCCUCCUCUAGAUCUUUCCACAUGUUAUUGAACUUUAUCUAAACCCUAAUAAAACCCUUUCUUUCAUCACCAAAUCCUUCCAAACUAACUAAAGAGACAAGAGCCAAACAUGGCGCCCUGCCUUGUUCUUUUUCUCACUCUCUUUACACUUCUCUCUUCUUCUUCAUCCUCUUCUAUCUUCACUGACUUCAAUGCAUUGGUUUCUCUGAAACAUUUCUUGUCCUCUUCACCAGCAAAUUAUGUUCUGGAAUCUUGGAACACUUCAAAUCAAACCACAGUCUGUUCUUGGAGCGGAAUCAAAUGCAAACACGGCCGAGUCGUUUCCAUCAGUCUGUCUGGUAUGGGUCUGUACGGAUCUGUCUCACCCCAAAUUGCCGCCAUGGAUGGACUGACAGAGCUUCUCCUUGAUGGGAACAACUUCACUGGUGAAAUCAAGAUUGGGAACAUGGAAGGCCUGAAAUUUCUGAACAUAUCAAACAACCUUUUCAGCGGGAAUCUUGAUUGGGAUUUUUCUAGUUUAAGGAAUCUGGAAGUUUUCGAUGCUUACAACAAUAACUUGACAGGUUUCUUGCCACCUCUUGGGGGCAUUUUAGGGGGGGAAAAGUUAAAGUACUUGGAUUUAGGUGGGAACUUCUUUUAUGGUGAAAUCCCAAAGAAUUAUGGGGAUUUGUUGGGUUUGGAGUACUUGUCCCUGGCUGGAAAUAACCUCCAUGGAAAGAUUCCUAAAGAACUAGGGAAUCUUACUAGCUUGAAAGAGAUAUAUUUAGGCUAUUACAAUGUGUUUCAGGGUGGGAUUCCAAAAGAAUUUGGCAAAUUGCGGAGUCUUGUUCAUUUGGAUAUGUCCACCUGUGAAUUGGAUGGUCCAAUUCCUGCAGAAUUGGGGAAUUUGAUGAAUCUGGACACUCUUUUCCUCCAUGUUAAUCUACUCUCCGGUUAUAUCCCAAGAGAGCUCGGGAAUUUGACAAGAUUAAGAUAUCUUGAUCUCUCUGCUAAUUCCUUAACGGGAGAAAUCCCGUUUGAGUUCAUCAGCUUCAAGAAUCUUAAUCUGCUCAACCUGUUCAUGAACAGGUUACAUGGGUCCAUACCCGAUUUCAUUGCAGAGUUUCCGGAGCUUCGAGUUCUUGGGUUAUGGAUGAACAACUUCACCGGAACCAUCCCGGAGAAUCUCGGCCGGAACCAGAAGCUUCAGGGACUGGAUUUAUCAUCGAACAAACUGACCGGAGUCAUUCCGGAGAAUCUCUGUGCUUCCAAAGAGCUGAAAGUGUUGAUUCUUCUCAAGAAUUUCCUGUUUGGUUCAAUCCCUGGUAAACUCGGAUCAUGUUUGAGCUUGGUCAGGGUAAGAUUGGGAGAUAAUUUCUUGAAUGGGAGUAUUCCGGAUGGGUUUCUUUACUUGCCGGAGCUCAAUUUGGUUGAGCUUCAGAACAAUAUGUUGUCGGGAAACUGGUCGGAGAACAGAGACUCUUCUUCUAAACCCGGAUUUUUAGCCCGUUUGAAUCUUUCAAACAAUAAACUCUCUGGUUCUUUACCGUUUUCGCUAUCCAAUUUCACGUCACUACAGAUUUUACUCCUCAGUGCGAACGAGUUCUCCGGUUCCAUUCCUCCGUCCGUAGGUGAGCUCCGGCAGGCUCUGAAGAUUGACAUGAGUGGGAAUUCCCUCUCCGGCGAAAUUCCCAUUGAAAUUGGAAACUGCGUCCAUCUCACUUACCUGGAUUUCAGUCAGAACAACCUCUCCGGGCCAAUCCCGGCCAGGAUUUCCGAUAUGCGGAUCUUGAAUUACCUCAACUUAUCAAGAAACCAUCUCACCGGAAACAUCCCGAAGCUGGUUGGAACAUUGAGAAGCCUCACGACGGCCGAUUUCUCAUUCAAUGACUUCUCCGGGAAACUGCCAGAAACAGGGCAGUUCGGUUUCUUCAACGCCACUUCCUUCUCCGGCAACCCUCGCCUCUGCGGGUCACUACUCAACAAACCUUGCGAAGUCUCGGUCAUUUCAGCCCCGCCGGGAGAAUCCCACGGAGGUGAAUUCAAGCUGGUAUUCGCUCUGGGUCUCCUACUAUGUUCUCUUGUUUUUGCGGCGGUGGCCAUAAUAAAGGCCAAGUCUUUCAAGAAAACCACCUCCGGCGGUUCUUGGAGAAUGACGUCGUUCCAGAAGGUGGACUUCACGGCGUCGGAAAUCGUGGACUGCGUGAGAGACGGGAACGUGAUCGGAAAGGGCGGAGCAGGGGUGGUCUACCACGGGAAGACUGGAACCGGGACCGAAAUCGCCGUGAAGAGGCUCGCCGCCGGCGUAAAUUCCAAAAACAAGAACGACCAUGGGUUCCGGGCGGAGAUCGAGACGCUCGGGAAUAUUCGGCACCGGAACAUCGUACGGCUUUUGGCGUUCUGUUCGAACUAUAAAGACACGAAUCUGCUGGUUUACGAGUACAUGAAGAACGGGAGCUUAGGGGAGGCGCUUCACGGCGGCGGGAAGAGCAAAGGCGGCGGCGGAAUGGUGCUGAUGAGCUGGCAUUUGAGGUACAAGAUUGCGGCGGAGGCGGCGAAGGGGCUGAGUUACCUGCACCACGACUGUUCGCCCUUGAUAGUGCACAGAGACGUGAAGUCGAACAAUAUACUGCUGGAUUCGAACAUGGAAGCUCACGUUGCGGAUUUCGGACUGGCGAAGUUCUUGGCCGGCGGCGGAGAUGGCGGCGCCUCCCAGUGCAUGUCAGCUAUUGCCGGCUCUUAUGGUUAUAUCGCCCCUGAGUAUGCAUACACGCUAAGAGUGGACGAAAAGAGCGACGUGUACAGCUUCGGAGUCGUCUUGUUGGAGCUAAUCACGGGGCGUCGCCCGGUCGGGGAGUUCGGGGAGGGGGUGGACAUAGUCCAAUGGUGCAAGAGUGUGACGAGUUGUAGGAGGGAGAAGGUGACACAAAUUGUGGAUCCAAGGCUCACCAUAUUUCCCAAAGAAGAAGCCAUGCAUCUCUUCUUCAUUGCCAUGCUUUGUGUACAAGACGGCAGUGUUGAACGCCCAACCAUGAGAGAAGUUGUUCAAAUGCUCUCUGAGUUUCCUCUCCACUCCCAGUUGUCAUCACCGGUUUUUUCCUCUCCGGUUCUUCCGCAACAUAAGAUUGUUGUGAAAGAAAAAUAUUAGUUGCGGCACUAAAACCUAGCUAAAUCUUUUUUGUCUGAAAAUCAUUUAUAUAUAAUAAUAAUAAUAAUACGGAGUAAUGAUAACUUAUACACGAAUAUGUAUAUUUAUAUUGGGUUGCAUUUCUUGAAUAGGUGGUUGAUGAUGAAGUCAUAAUAUAAACAACCCCUUUUUAAGGUAACUUUGGUUUUGAUUUCUUUUGUAAGUUUUUAGCAGAUUAAUCUUCGAUCACUAGUUGCAUUAGGGCACAUGUUUUUCUUGGGUAUAUGUUUUUUUAAGAGAAGAAAAGCAUGGAAACCCAAUUGGCUUCGAUGGGUGGUUGUACUCAUUGUAAACACACUUGUAUUUUGUACUUCUUUCAUUGUUUAUUAGUGAAGUUUAAAGAUAGAUAUAUAAAAGAAAAAGAUGUGCUUUUAGUCCUUUAACUUUAUUAUGUCACUAUUAUGUCAC